AUGGCCACUACCGCGCGCUCGCCAUCUCCACCACCACCCGGACCUUUACCCAUUCGUCGUCUCCAAGAAUCUGUCAUCAAUCGCAUUGCAGCGGGAGAAAUCAUACAUCGGCCAGCAUCAGCGCUGAAGGAGCUCAUUGAGAACAGCCUCGAUGCUGGUUCCACCUUCAUCCGCAUCACUGUGAAGGAUGGAGGCAUGAAGUUGCUCCAGAUACAGGAUAACGGAUGUGGAAUUAGGAAAGCAGAUUUGCCCAUCCUGGCAGAACGCUUCACCACCUCCAAGCUGUCAACAUUCGCUGACCUGUCUCAUCUGACAACCUAUGGCUUCCGAGGGGAAGCUCUCGCAUCUAUAUCAUAUGUCGCUCACCUGUCGGUCGUGACGAAGACCAAGACUGACACAUGUGCAUGGAAAUCAAGCUAUGCCGAUGGCGCCCUCGUUCCUGCCAAAGUUGGGUCGCCUGCCGAGCCGAGACCAUGUGCAGGGAAUGACGGGACGACGAUCACGGUAGAGAACCUCUUCUACAACACUCCGACUAGAUUGUCUGCCCUUCGUAGCUCAUCGGAAGAGUAUGCCCGCAUCCUCGAUGUCGUCACAAAAUAUGCGGUGCAUAACCCGCACGUCUCGUUCACUUGCAAGAAGGCUGGCUCGCCAACACCGGACGUCUCCACUCCGUCCGGUUCCACCACAGCGCAAGCUAUUCGCUUGCUCUAUGGCCAGACGAUCGCCAAGGACCUGCUGCACGUAACAGUAUCAUCUUCAUCGGAUGAUGAAGGCUCGGGCAAUGCAAACGAGGAUGCCAAUUCCUGGUCAGCCGAAGCUCACUUCACGAACGCGCACUAUCAGGCGAAGAAGACUGUCCUACUCCUGUUCAUCAAUCAUCGUCUAGUGGAGUCCUCUCGCAUCAAAAAGGCCAUGGAGGCCAUCUACAAUGGCAUCUUGCCCAAAGGCGCGUCUCCAUUCGUCUAUCUCAGUCUGCAGCUCGAUCCGCACUCGGUCGACGUGAACGUCCAUCCAACGAAGCGCGAAGUGCAUUUUCUGAACGAGGACGCCAUCAUGGAGCGCAUCUCCGAUGCCCUCCAGGGGAAGCUUGUCGGGGAGAGCCAGUCGCGCGUGUUUGAGUAUCAGACUCUCCUUACAGGCGGCGUCGCCGAAGUGCCGCGCGACAAGGGAAAGGGCAAGAAGCGAGCGCUCGACCAGGAGGACCGUGAUGAUGAGAACGAGGAGAUGCAUGAAGAAGGCUCCUCGACACCGCUAUCUUCUAUUCAACAGAAGAAGAAAGUGCUCUCGCAGCACAAAGUGCGCACCUCGCUGCAAGACCGCACGCUCGACUCGAUGUUCGCGAUCGUCAGUCCUUCGCAGCAGGCGAGCGGAGGCAGCGGGCCGAGUGGGCCGGAGACGCCGCCGAAUCAGGUAGCCAAAGCGCGCGACAUUAAGGAAUCGCUGUGCUACUUGACAUCGGUUCGAAACCUUAGGCAGGCUGUGGUUAAGGGAAAGCACCGCCAGCUCAGCGAGAUCUUGGAAAAGCACACGUUCGUCGGGAUCGUGGACGUCAGUCGAUGCCUCUCCCUCAUCCAACACUCGACGAAGCUGUAUCUGGUGAAUCACGGCGCUCUAGCAGAGGAACUGUUUUACCAGCUCGGGUUGCAUCAGUUCGGCGACCUCAGACGGUUGAAGCUCGAUCCUGCGCCAUCGUUGCGGACGCUCAUCGCUCUUGCGGUUGACGUGGAGGAAGGCAUUGAGCGCAGCGGGCUAAGCAAGCCGCAAAUCGUCAAUCGCAUAGUCGAUACGCUGGUUGAGCGCCGCGAGAUGCUCGACGAGUACUUUUCGCUUCGCAUCAGCGCCGAGGGCGUGGUCGAGAGCCUGCCGAUGCUGCUGAGGGACUAUACGCCCAACCUCGACAAGCUGCCGCUCUUCCUAAUGAGGCUCGGGCCUCAGGUUGACUGGACGUCCGAAAAAGAAUGCUUCGAAUCGUUCCUUCGCGAGCUCGCGUAUUUCUAUGUCCCAGAGCCGCUCAUAACACCGUCCGCGACAGACGCAGACACGGAGCUGUCCGAGGAGGAGAAGGCGGAAGACCGUUCGGUGCAGUGGCAGAUCCAGCAUGUGUUGUUCCCUGCGAUGGCGCGGUAUCUGGUCGCGCCGAAGUCGCUGUUGGACCGCGAUGUGGUGCAGGUGGCGAACUUGCCGGACUUGUACCGUGUUUUCGAGAGGUGUUGA